AUGAAGGAGGCCAUCGUCACCAAGGAAAUCACAAUCCAGAUCAAGGAUGUUGAGCGUCCGAAGCCCGGACCUGGAGAGGUGCUGAUCAAGGUCAUCGUCGCAGGUACCAACCCCAAGGACUGGAAGCUCCCCGUCUGGCUUGAGGCGUGCGCCAACACCAACACGGGCGACGAUGUCGCUGGCACGGUCGAGGAGCUUGGCGACAAUGUCAUUGGCUUCACAAAGGGCGACCGCGUCGCCGCCUUUCAUGUCAUGAAUACACCGCACGGCGCCUUUGCUGAGUACGCCAUCGCUCCCGCCAACACUGUCUUCGCCCUGCCUGCUUCUGUUUCCUACGAGGAGGCCGCUACUCUGCCGCUGGCGGCCUACACUUCGGCUGUCGCCCUUUUCGACCGGCUCGAAUUCCCCUCCCCGUGGGACGCCGAGGCUGGGCGUUCUGGCGAAGACAAGAAGAAGAGGCCCGUCAUCAUCUAUGGUGCUUCGACAGCUAUUGGCGCCUUCGCCAUCAAGCUGGCGCAAAAGGCCAACAUUCACCCCGUCAUCGCCGUCGGCAGCAAGAACAGCGAGUUUGUCGUGCCGUUCCUGGACUCCGCCAAGGGAGACCGUAUCGUCGACUACACAGCGUACAAAACACCCGAUGAGCUCGUCGCCGCGCUUAAGGAUGCUGCCAAGGAGGCAGGAGUCGAGGAUGGACGCGUGUUCGACGCCUACGACUGCGUCUCGGAGAACGGGACGUACGUCACCCUGAGCAAGGUCCUCGCGGGCCCGCCCGAUGCGAGCGGUCGGAAACCUAGGAUCACGACUGUCCUACCUGUUGAUGAGAGCACGGCCGACUCGAGCGUCCAGUUCACGCGUACUAUGGUCGACCACGUACACAAGCAACCUUUGUUCGGCGCAGUCUGGUCGGCCGCCUUUGCGAGUGGCCUGAGCGAAGGCUGGUUCACGCCUCAUCCCUACGAGGUUGUGAAGGGAGGGCUUGCGGGAUUAGAAGGCGCUCUGAAGGGUCUCAAGGACGGCUCAGUGAGGGCAAAGAAGAUGGUGAUCCGCAUUGGUGAGACCGAGGGGGUUACGCAGUAA